UGAAAAUCCAUGGAUCCCAAGUUGGAUGGGAGCAAGGCAGCAAGCAAAUCUGCUGACCGCGAUUAAAUCGGCAGCUGCAAAAGAGUUUCCCCAUCUCUCACCGUGCUCACGUUUCCGAUCUCCACUCACUCAUGCUCUCCGCAGAUCGCUGAAGAUAUGGCGACCUUUUUGCCUCAGUUUCAGAGUAUCAAAUCAUCAUUCGCUCACAUCGUUCUCUCCGUUGAGGAUGUAAGUGAUUUGUGGCCUACCAUCAAGAAGGGCUUUGAAGAGAGGUUGCCUUUCAAAAGGGCAUCUCUUAACAACAAGACCCGCAAUCCUGUGCUUGUUGAUGAACUACCUGCUGAAUUUAUACUGACAACGGAUGCAAGACUACGUAGUAGGUUUCCUCAAGAACAGUCAUUGUUUUGGUUCCGGGAGCCGUAUGCAACUAUUGUUCUUGUUACUUGCGAGGAUCUUGAUGAGUUCAAGAACAUUCUUAAACCACGACUCAAAUUAAUAGUUCAAAAUGAUGAACGAGAAUGGUUUAUUGUUUAUGUGUCUAAAGCACCAGCUCACAACGAUCAGGCCACCAAGAUGGCCAAAAAAGUAUAUGCAAAACUUGAAGUUGAUUUCAGCUCCAAAAAGAGGGAAAGGUGCUGCAAAUUGGAUAUUCAUGGACCUGAUCCAAGUUUCUGGGAUGAUUUGGAGGCUAAAAUUAUGGAAUGCAUCAGAAAUACACUUGAUAGACGUAUUCAGUUUUAUGAAGAAGAAAUUCGAAAGCUCAGCGAACAGAGAUUCAUGCCGGUUUGGAACUUUUGCAAUUUUUUCAUUCUGAAGGAAAGUUUGGCUUUUAUGUUCGAAGUUGCUCAUCUCCAUGAAGAUGCUUUACGUGAAUAUGACGAGCUUGAACUCUGUUAUUUGGAAACAGUUAACAUGGCAGGAAAGCAGAGGGACUUUGGAGGAGUGGAGAAGGGAGAUGAUCAGGCUACACUGCUUGACUCUGGGAAAAAAGCAUUAGCGCAGAUUGUUCAAGAUGACUCUUUUAGGGAGUUUGAGUUCAGGCAGUAUUUAUUUGCCUGCCAAGCAAAGCUUCUCUUCAAAUUAAAGCGUCCAUUUGAGGUUGCAUCAAGGGGUUAUUCAUUCAUAAUCAGCUUCUCAGGAGCAUUGGCGUUGCAUGAGAGUAUGUUGCCAUUUUGUAUGCGUGAAGUCUGGGUGAUCACAGCUUGCUUGGCAUUAAUUGGUGCAACUACUUCUAACUACGAAGAUGGAUUAGCAGCACCUGAUGUAGAAAAGGAGUUUUACCGUGUCCAAGGGGAGUUACAUACUUUAUGCCAUACAAAGUUUAUGCGGCUAGGGCAUUUAGUUGGCUAUGGAUCAGAUAUUGAAAGAAGUCCUGUUAACAGUGCUUCACUCAGCAUGUUGCCUUGGCCUAAGCCAGCAGUUUGGCCACCACUUCCACCUGAUGCUUCAUCUGAGGUGCUUGCAAAAGAAAAGAUGAUUCUCCAAGAAUCUCCACGACUUAAGCACUUCGGCAUUCAGAGGAAGCCCCUUCCUUUGGAACCGUCUGUUCUUUUGCGCGAGGCAAAUCGUCGUAGAGCAUCUCUUUCAGCUGGAAAUAUGUCUGACUUGUUUGACGGUCGUCCUAGUUCUGGUGAUGGACCUCUGUUAGACAGUUCAGGAACUCCAUCCGCGGUGCAAAAAAUGAGCAGUGUUUCCAUGUCAAGGACCUUGUCUUCACCUGGAAACUUUGAUGGUUCAAUUGACCGGCCUAUGAGACUUGCAGAGAUAUUUGUUGCUGCUGAGCAUGCUUUAAGGAAUACAAUUUCUGAUGCAGAGCUGUGGAAAAGUUUAUCCUCUGUUGAAGAAUUUGAGAAAAAAUAUCUAGAUCUGUGCAAGGGUGCUGCAGACAGUUAUCAUCGUUCUUGGUGGAAGAGACAUGGAGUUGUCCUUGAUGGUGAAAUUGCAGCUGUGCAUCAUAAGCACGAAAAUUAUGAUCUUGCAGCAAAUCUCUAUGAGAAAGUUUGUGCUCUUUAUGCGGGUGAAGGAUGGGAGAACUUGCUGGCAGAAGUUCUUCCAAAUUUGGCCGAGUGUCAAAAGAUAUUGAAUGAUCAAGCUGGCUACUUAUCUUCUUGUGUGAGAUUGUUGUCCUUAGAUCAAGGGUUGUUCUUACCCAAGGAACGACAAGCAUUUCAGUCUGAAGUUGUCCGUCUUGCUCAUAGUGAAAUGGAGCAUCCUGUGCCACUAGAUGUCUCCUCCUUAAUAACAUUUUCAAGCAAUCAGGGGCCUCCUCUAGAGCUUUGUGAUGGGGACCCUGGCACACUCACAGUUGCUCUAUGGAGUGGGUUUCCAGAUGAUAUUACUCUUGAAUCACUUAGUGUUAUGCUUACAGCUACCAAUAGUACUGAUGAGGGUGCUAAGGCAAUAAAGAGCUCCGAAGCUAUUGUGCUAAGGCCCGGCAGGAACAAUAUUACAGUUUCUUUGCCCCCACAGAAACCAGGUUCCUAUGUGUUAGGGGCUCUCACAGGACAGAUUGGUCAAUUAAGAUUUAGAUCACAUAGUUUCUCGAAAGGUGGGCCUGCAGACACUGAUGAUUUUAUGAGUUUUGAAAAGCCAACAAGACCCGUCUUGAAGGUGGCCAGACCAAGGUCUCUGGUUGAUCUUGCGGCUGCUGUUUCAUCUGCUUUACUGAUGAAUGAAACACAGUGGGUUGGGAUAAUUGUUAAACCAAUAAAUUAUUCCCUUAAGGGUGCUGUACUGCACAUAGACACCGGCCCUGGCUUGAGCAUUGCAGAGAAGCAUGAAAUCGAAAUUGAGAAGCAUGAAUUUGGGGCAAAUAACUCUGACCACUCGGAUAGUCCACCUGACAAUCAUUCUCCAGUAUCUGCUGACGUUAAGCAAUUGAGCCUAGAAGAUGGCAAGAUCAAUUUGCCUGACUGGACAAGCAAUAUAACUUCAGUCUUAUGGAUUCCAUUAAAGGCCAUCAGUCAUGGCUUAGCUGAAGGGACUCCUGCAGGUACAGUUCCUCAGAGACAAAGUGUUGUGGAUGGAUUGAGGACGAUUGCUCUGAAACUUGAUUUUGGAGUUUCUCAUAACCAGACAUUUGAGAAGACAGUAGCUGUGCAUUUUACGGAUCCUUUCCAUGUGACUACACGCGUUGCAGACAAAUGCAGUGAUGGUACUUUGCUCUUGCAGGUAAUUUUGCAGUCACAGGUGAAAGCUUCGCUGACCGUCUCCGAUGCUUGGCUAGAUCUUCAGGAUGGCUUUGCUCAUACUGGAAAAGGUGAUGGGAGACCGGUGUCCAAGUUCUUUCCUCUUAUUGUUUCUUCUAAAUCAAGAGCUGGAAUUCUGUUUAGCAUCUGUGUGGUAGAUACACCAGCCAAAGAUGAAGGAGAGGAAUCAGAUCCAAUCAGUGUAUUAAAUAUCAGAUAUACAAUAUCUGGUGAAAGAAAUCUUGGAGCUCAUAGCCCCGUAACUAAGGAACUUACUGGACCUGAAAGUGAAACAGACCCUUUGACCUUUAGGAGCGCUCUUGUUUUACAAAGACCAGUACUUGACCCUUGCUUUGCAGUUGGUUUUCUUCCUCUUCCUUCAAAUGGUCUCCGAGUUGGGCAACUUGUUACCAUGAACUGGAGAGUUGAAAGGUUGAAGGACUCGGGCAAGGACGAGGAUUCUGAUGACCUUGAUGAAGUGUUGUAUGAAGUCAAUGUUAAUUCAGAAAACUGGAUGGUAGCUGGAAGAAAAAGAGGAUACACAUCACUCUCCACAAAACAAGGUUCCAGAAUAGUGAUCUCAAUACUAUGCCUUCCUCUUGUUGCUGGAUAUGUUCGGCCACCUCAACUCGGAUUGCCGGAUGUCGACAAGGCAAAUAUAAGUUGCAACCCACCGGGGCCGCAUUUGGUAUGCGUCUUACCUCCGGCCUUCAGCUCGUCUUACUGUGUACCAGCAGCCUGAUCUCGUGCUGCAUCUGUUUUAACUUACAGUAAUUUGCUGCGGAUUUUGUUCGAAUGUGACAUUUUUGUAGGAGUGAUUUUUUCUCUUUUCCUCUUUUAUUAUUGUAACGUUUUCACUAGUCAGGUCACACAUCAUUUUCAUGAUUAGAUAGUUUGAGGAUUUUUGCAAUUCAUGUAUAAUAGCGUUCUGGGUAUUUGACAUCAACGCAUGACGAUGUUCUACUUAACGAAAAUGAUCAUUGUGUUA